CAGCCACCGUGACAUUGUCAGUGGCGGUCGCUACAGGCAAUCCUCGACGAUCACUCACUUACACUCCGUGCCGAGGAAACACAGCAUCUGACUCAUAGAAUCUCAACAAUGGACGCGACGGAACGCCUGCAAGCCGCGUCAAAGUUCCUUCUGCAAGCACCUCCUGGUGAAAUCAACGAUGUCCUGAAUGAUGUUCGGAACAUCAUAUCGGAUGAUGACUCUCUCCAAGAGGGUGUGCUGCCAGCGUUGCGAGAAUACAACCUCGCGCAAUUCAUGACUGCGGAUGUUCCGGGGCACAACCACCAGUCAAUAGUAAGCGAGGCUGCGCGUGUCUCAAAUUUGAACGGGGAGGGCGAGGGCGAGCAGCUCGAUAGAUUUUGGGAUCCGCGGUCGAGAACGAGCUUCCGUUUCGAUCAUCUUAGUCUGGAAGCAUCCGAUCCAGAACACGUAGAGCCGGAUCCUGAAUCUGAGCCCUUCCGGGCAGCUCUGGAAACAGCAUCCAUCGCGUACCUUUCCGCACACUUCCAUGGCGGUGUCACCUCCAUCUUCCCAACACCCGGCGCCGCGACGCGUUUCUACGUCCAGAUCGUCGCGAACAAGUACAACCCGUCGAACUUCUGGUCGGGCAGAUGGAGAUCUGAAUACGUCGUCGACCUGGUGUCGAAACAGCUGAAAGGGCGCAUGCUCGUGAACGUCCACUACUACGAGCAGGGCAACGUCCAACUAUCUACCGCGCAUUCCAUUGACCUUGCCCUUCCGCCCGCGAUCACAUCAUCCUCAGCUACGCCGUCAGCCAACAAGAUUCUCGCGCUCAUCGAAGCCGAGGAGGGCAAGUACCAAGCCUCGCUAAACGACGCGUACGCGGAUAUGGGUGAGAAGACGUUCAAGGGUCUUCGACGAGCCUUGCCCAUGACCCGCUCCAAGCUGGACUGGGAUAGGGUGCUGGGCUACAAACUUGGCGCGGAGCUCUCGUCGAACAGGGGCGCGUUUGGUACAUCAUAACAGCCGUUAUAAGAUGAUACAAUGUAGGGUGUAGGGUGUAGAUCGAAGAAUCUCGCAAUGUAAUUCUGACCUUGUCGAAUUGUCCCGU